AUGCCAAAGAUCACCGGAGCUAAUGCCUUUAUCGAGCUCCAGAACAAUGGAGUCAUAAGUAAAGAGGACCCUUCCCAGCUAUUCACGGAUUUGUCACAAAUUGGGGCUGGGAACUUUGGCAUAGUUUACCGGGCGACCUCGGUUGGAUCUGGUGAAGUAGUUGCUAUCAAAAAGCUUAAAUUUGAUUCUAAACGGAAAGUUUCUAUUGAAGACUUGAAGGAUAUGCGGAGAGAAAUAAAGUUUAUUUCGCUUAUGAAGCAUAAAAAUUGUGUCCAAUGUAAAGGCUGUUUCCUGGAUCAGCAGGUCCCAUGGAUUGUAAUGGAAUAUUGUCUCGGUUCUGUCGCUGAUAUCCUCAAAGUGCAACGACAUCCGCUCAAGGAAUGCGAGAUUUCGUGCAUUGUCAGCGAAGUUCUCUCCGGUCUUGUAUAUAUACACUCGCAAAAGUUUAUUCAUCGGGACAUCAAGGCUGCGAAUAUCCUGUUUACUGAAACUGGAGGUGUUAAGGUUGGAGAUUUCGGUUCUGUGAGCUUUAAAAGCCCAGCCAACAGUUUUGUUGGAACGCCUUAUUGGAUUGCUCCCGAGGUAAUUUUAGCAAUGGAGAGUGGCCUCUAUGAUUGCCGUGUCGAUGUUUGGUCCCUUGGUAUCACCUGCAUCGAAAUGGCCGAACUAAAGCCGCCGUACAUGGAAUCUGCUAACACCAUGGCAGCCCUUUACCAAAUUGCCCUAAAUCCCGCUCCUUCGCUUCGAGAGUCGAAUUGGACCUCGGAUUUCCUUGAUUUUGUCGAAUUUGUUCUCAAGAAAAAUCAGGGAGUGCUUAAAUUACGCGAACAGGUGAUGUGGCGUGGAUGGUGCCAGACAUUCCUGGGCUUCGUGGCCUCGCUGUUGGUGUCUGGAAUGGUUAAGGUCACCUCUGAGGGUGUGGCAAUGCCUGGUCGCCUGUCGCGCGCGCACGCUAUUGUUCUGCCGCUUGCCCCAGACAGCCUUGUCGGAUUCGCUGGUCGCCCUCCAACAACCACCAAGGCAGUCCCCUUCAAUCCCGACGUAAUUGGAGGCGCCCCGGAGGAGCGUCCGACGUCCGCCGAGGUUCUGACGCACCGUUUCUGUACAGCCAUUCGAAACCCCACCCCCAUCCUCCUGGACCUCGUGCAGCGUGGCAUGGCGAACGCCAACGAAGGCAACCAGGUUCGCUCGAAGUUCAAGAAACUCGUCACCGACUACGACCACCAACAGCGCGACAGUGCCGCCCUCAUGGACUCGCCUUCAAGGGACGCGGACGGCUGUCCACGGCGGGGCGUUAGCAACGACGAGCUUGAUGCUGUCCAUGUCAAGUUCUUGCCCAAAUCCACCUACUACGCCUACCAUCCUCUCGGCUUUGUUCGGCAGCACUGGACUUCUGAAUGCCUUCCAAGUAGAAAACUUGUUCCACCCUUGGGUCACACCUCAAUGGACCAUGUCGAACAACUUCGUACCUCAUGUAACCUGCUCCCUGACUUGAGUCGCUCGCUGUCGUCCACAGAGCCCACGCCUGGCAACCAACGGGGCCCGCCGGUGCUCCCCAAACCACGGGCGGCGCCUUCGCGGCAUCCCAAGACGCAAUCUCCACCGAUCCAACUCACCAACUCCAGUUCGUCGUCGAUGAGUCUCUCGGACGAGGAGGAAGUGGAGGACGACGAUACCGUCUUGAAGGUCAAGUCUGUCAGGCAAGGAGAUAAUAGCCCAAUGGGAGCGCAGGCUAGCGGUGAUUCGUCUAUGAACGACGCGGACCCGAGCUACGCCAACAUCCUCUCCGGCGAGGUUGUCCAAGGCGUCCAGCACACAGACCAAUCAUUUGACUUCCCCAUGUCCCACCUACACCCCCUUUCGUCCGCGGAGAGAGCACAAGUGCAACCAGCGGUGGCGGCUGCCGGAGCGGUCUCCAAUCUUCCCUUCCCCGAUCCUCCCCGUCUUCCUAAUCUUUCAGUUGAUUCAAUCCAGAACCCAUGGGGUCUUGUCCAGACCGACAACUUCCCCGUCCCCCUUCCCACAGCGACGCCGGAACCUCCUGCGCCGCCGUCGGCCGUCCAACUUCCGCAUCGGCAAUCACAGCAGCAGCAGCAGCAGCCCGACGCCGUCAAUUCCCACCGACAGCCUAUCCGUCCGUCGGUGCGUCCCAAGUCGGGCUCCACGAAAACCGGCCACCAACAACAACAUCAGAACUUCCCGACGCUCAAGACCCAGCGCAUGAUGCGUGAGCCGCCCCCCUCGCUCGGUGUGUCUCCGAGCAUUGCUAUUUCCGGUGGUGGUGGAGGCGGCGGUGGUGGUGGCAGCGGUGCCAGCGGCAGCCAAUCCGAUGUGGCUAUGGCUGCCGGAGGCGUCUGCUUGGACGAGAUCUACUCCUUCGGUGCCAUAAAGCGGCUCUGCGCUCGACACAUGAAAAAACUCCAACAAGAACAGCACCGACUUGAGGCAAGUUUUUCUCUCUCUUUUUGCUCGUGGUUACCGGAGAUCGAGAAUGCCAAGAUGGCCGAGUUGAACCGUGAGUACACAAGCUUCAUCAGUGCCAAGAAGAAGUCGGUGUGUCGAAUGCAGGAGCAGCACGAGAACGACCUGGAUCGCGAGCUGAAGCGCAGCGCCGACGAGGAGGCGCGGUACGCACGCCAGCUGGAGAUGGACGCCAAGGAGCAGCUCAAGAGCGCCCGCAAGAGCCGCAUGCGACCCAAGAGCAUGGCGAUUGGCGGCGGUAGCGGCUCGCCUUACAACGAUAUGCACGCAGCCCAACCUGAGCUCGACCUGAUGUACAAGAAAAUCCAGUCCUCGAACAACCUGAAGCUGUGCCAGUGGAAGUACCAGAUGCUGUGCCAUCGGUACGGUAUUCAGAGGAAGCAAUUCGAGGAACGCAAGAAGUUGGAAAAUCAGGUUCUCGAUCAGAAGUCCUCGAUGCUGCUGAACCACCACACACAAGUGGAGACGAUCGAGUUGGCCAAUCAGCGUGCCAAGCACCAGCUGCAAAACCGCCACCUAGAGGAGAAGUGUGCCUUCUUUGACGCCGAACAGAAGCGAUUCGAGGCUCUGCAGUUUGCUGAAUUCGAGAAGGAGGCACGCAACCGCCGCAAGAUGCUCAGCAAGGAGCUUAAGCACUACGAGGAAGGUCUGCGACCGCAGAACAAGGUGACUGGGUGGUUCCUUAAUCGCAGGAAGGGCUCCUCUUGUUCACCGAUCGAUAAAAGCAAGUCCCAGAACUUCCCGUUUCCGCCUUCACUCGACGCCAAGCAAUCAUUGGAGGAGUUUCGGCAGCAACGAUUCGACUCACUCGAAGAGGAGUUGACCCGGGAUCGUGAGAAGUUGGAUGAGAAGAUGCGCCAGUUGCGUGAGCAAAUGCACAACUACCAGGAUCGUCUGGCCCGCGAUUUUCGGGCGCAGCGCGAUCAAGAAGUGGCCGAACUCCGCAAUCGCAUCGAUCUGCGCGCUGAGAAGCUUGAGGAGGCCAUCGAGAAGAACAAGAAAACGGUCAUGGAGGACCACAGCCAGGAGGAACGUAAGCUCGGUAUUGAUUUUGCAAGGCACCAACGCCAACUGGAGAACGAGUGCCAGUUCCUGGUCUUUCUGUACAUGGAUCUCUUCCUCACUCCCCUGCUACUGCUGCAAUUAGCCCCUCGUCCCGCCCCCGCCGCCGCCGCCACAUCCAAUCUGUUCCCCAUUUUCGCCUCUCACCCCCCUCAACCUCCCGAACCAACCCCCUCCCCGCCCGCUGACUUCAUCUUCGCCACCCACACCCGCUCAACGGCAACAUUGUACUAA